GAGAGACAAAAUAAAAACAAGAACAAACUGAAAAUAAACAUAAAUUCCUGAUUAAAAUGGAUAAACUAACGACAAUUAGUGCAACGCUCUUUAUGGCGGCCGAUGUGUUUGCGAUCGUAAGUCUGGCGCUGCCCGAUUGGAUUAUCACAGAGUCCGGAACGGGUGACAUUCGACUGGGACUGAUGUGGACCUGCAUGACGCUAUAUAACCGACCCCAGGUGUGCUACACCCCCGACCUGCAGCCGGAAUGGCUAAUCGCCCUGAUCUGCAUCUUUGUGGGCUGCAUCUGCGUGACCACCACGGUGAUUCUGCUGGCCUCGUCCUCUUGCAACCGGAAUGUGAUUCCCUACGCCCGCUGGGUGGGCUUCACGGCCAUGGUGCUCUUCUGCAUGGCGGCCGUCGUCUUCCCGCUGGGAUUCCACGUGGAGGAGAUCGGCGGUCAGGCCUACCAGCUGCCCAACACCUUUAAGAUCGGCAUAUCCUACAUCAUGUUCGUCCUGGCCCUCUGGAUCACCGUCGUCUCCGAGCUAUUCGCCGGCAAGGUCUGCCUGCCGCACUUCUAGAGACGCGACGACGGCAUCGCUAGAUUCCUGAUUUCAUUUGCCGUUUGCUGUGUGAUUUGUUAUACCUUUUGUUUCUCCCUGAUUUAUCUCGCCAUCAAUCGAUUGGAUUGAGUCCCGUCCUAUAUUCUAGUUUGUUUAAGUAUUUCAUCUCGUUUUCGAGCUGGAAACUCAAAAAAUACCUGUAUUUAGAGAAUCUCUCUAGCGUCAUCCUGCUAAACAAUAUUUUUAGAACCCACUUUUGUCUUGGUACUGAUUUGUAUUUCGAAUAUUCGUGCAGUAUUCCAGCUCAAGAACCGAGAGCCUGUGUUUAGAUGAAUCUCCCGAAAUAGGCGUAGUUUUAAGACCAUUUAGUUAGUACGUCUUUGUUAUACGAAUAUACAUAUGGUAUUUCAACA